GUCAGAAAACAGUCCUUGAAAGAGCAGCGCAUUUCCGCUUUCUUGAUUACCUUUACUUCUCUUAAAACUUCCCGAGCGAUGUCAGCUCGCAUCACUGCAGUAUUGCACCGCCUUGUCUACACUUCUUUCUCUUUGUGAGGCAUUGCAGCGACUACCCUAACUAUGGCGCCAACCCCUAGGUCGAAGCUUCUCAUCUAAACAAACCAGGGGGCUCCCGGAUCGUUGUCUCUGCCCUCGAAAGGCGGGACCACAUUCAUAAGCAAAUCAACGAGUACCUUCUCCGCUAAGAUCUUCCCCCCGUUGGGCGGAGCUGCAUCUCUCCGUUAACUGCUGUACAGUGUCUGAUUCUGCACCUCCUACUGCUUCGCCGGAGGCUUCGUGACAGGCGGAGGUUGAUCUCACUGUGCAGGCAGAUCUUAUCCUCUCGGCAGGCGAGCCAGGCUCUAUCGGGCCGGAAGGGUGGACAUCCCGCAUACACCCUUGCAGUUAUUAUUUCGCGUCCCUGACAUCACUUGACUCCAACACAUCUAUUUGUUUUUUGAGGAGAUCUUCCCCCAUGGGAUUUAACCGGAGGUACCUGAGCGUUGGAUAUGCCGCCGUGGGAAUAGCGGUGGGCUUCUCCGCCUUCCUCGCCUGGAACAUAGCCUUCAAACAGCCGUGGACGGCAGCGAUGGGGGGAUUGUCAGGGGUCCUGGCUCUGUGGGCACUGAUCACACACAUCAUGUAUAUCCAGGAUUACUGGCGAACAUGGCUGAAGGGCCUCAAGUUCUUCUUCUUCAUCGGCGUUCUGUUUUCUGUCUUUGCUGUGGUGGCCUUCAUCAGCUUCCUCACUAUUGCCAUCACCAAGCACCAGAGUAUCACAGAUCCAACAAGCUACUACCUGUCUUGUGUGUGGAGCUUCAUCUCCCUGAAAUGGUCCUUCCUCCUGGCACUCUAUGCCCAUCGGUAUCGCAAGGAGUUUGCUGACAUCAGCAUCCUGAGUGACUUCUGAGCGUUUACUAUUUUUUGGAAAGUGACAGCCCCCCCGCCACAUCAAGAGGCAUAAGCUGUCAAAUUGGAGAAGGUGAUUGGACUGGCAGCAGAUUUAAUUCUUUUAUGUACUUUAAGGUUUUUAAACAUCACGAACAGUAGCAGGUGCCAUCACUCGGUGGAGGUGGGCACAGGAGGCACCAGCAAUGGCAUGAGACUGAGUAAGGACAGAACUGAAGAGCACUAGGUGGUGCCAUGGUGGACCUGUUCAGUUUCACUUUGCUCCUCCAGUCCUAGUCUAGACAUCUCUUCCCUUUUUGUGUCGCCAUAAUUGACAUUAUAAACCUCAUUUUGCUGUCGCCCCCAUUGAAGCUGUGCAUAGGGGUCCUUAUGGGAGGGGGGGGGGUCAGAUCUGCCAGCUCCUGAACCCAGAAGACACGUUUGAUAUUUUAUUCUAACAUUUGCAUAUCUACAUCAAGAAGGCAGCUGGAACUUCAAAUCCAAAUGAAAAUCCAGAAUCCUCAAUUUCCACGGAACCGGCGCACAGAUAGAGAAUAGCAGUAAUGACAGCCAAAUGUUUACAAAAUUUGAUUCCCUCAUCUUCUGACAGAGAUCAAGAAACCUGUGUAACUGUCCAUCUUGCCCAAAAUCCUGACUAGUGAGUACUUGAGAAAAAUGGCAGCAGAAUGUUACCUUAUGUACUUUUCAGAUGGAUUACUAAAAAACAAAAUGGGAAGGAUUCCAGCCCGGGUCAGGCAGAUGCUCUGCUAUUCCCAGUAUGCACAUUUGGUCUUCUUAUGUAUCCAGCAAGGGGGUGCUAUUGGGGAUCAUCCAGUUUGAUCCAAUACACAAGAAGUAGAAACAGAAGCUUAUUAAAAUAAGCUCCUCCUCCUCGCCCCACCCACUACAGACAGAAAACCAGUGAGUGGGUGGGGCUAGGCUAAUGAGCUGUAACCUCACAAGCCACUCUGGUUUUUUUUCUGUCUUUAGUGGGUGGAGACUAGGCUAAUGAGCUGUAAUCUCACAAGCCACUCCUUUUUUUUUCAGUCUUUAGUGGGUGGAGACUAGGCUAAUGAGCUGUAACCUCACAAGCCACUCCCUUUUUUUUAGUCUUUAGUGGGUGGGGACUGUUUUGGCUCAAAAGGGAUUUAAGAAUUGAGACAAGGCCAUCAGGUACUGUGAUGCGUACUUUAUAUGGCGCCUUUACAUGAAAGUUACGUAACCUGAAAUCCUACAUUUUCAGUUUGUAGGAAUUUCAAAAAUGGAUCAUCAUCAGAAUUAAUGCAGAACCAAUUUGGAAAGUAGGCCCCAGGGUUACGUGUCUAUUUUUAUAAUCCAUUAAAGGACAUGGGUUCAAACCCUGGCUUCAUUUCUUUGUAGAACUUGCACAUUCUUCCCAUGUUAGGGCAACUUACAUGACUAACUAGCGCUGUGUCAUUUUACCGUGCCACCAUGUCUAAACUUGGUCCCUGCAUUUUGUACCCAGUGUUGCCAGAAUAAGCUUCAACUUUU